ACAAUGCUGCUUGGUAUUAACUGGUUCCAAAAAGUCCAGGUCCAGAUUCAUUUCAAUGAACAAAAAUUACUCUUUAGGUAUUUAGAAAAAAGUAAUGAAAUUCCUAUUAUUCAAACACAUGAAGACAAAUUAGAAAUUCCUCAAAAAGCGUACAGUAGUGAUGAGGAUGACUUCUUUACUACUUACGAAAGUGAAGAUGAUCUAGAUGAGGUUGAGAGUUACCACACUGACGAUGCUUCAACAGAUAAUGAAGAAUUCGAAUUAGUAAAGGUCAAAACAUUAAAUGAAAAACAGCAGACCGAAGCCCUAUGUAUCUUAAAGAAAUUUGGUGGCUUGUUUUCUUCUGAGUUAGAAAACGAAUUUAGUACACCUAACUUUUCCCAAAAAGCAGCUGAUAUGGGAAAUAUUAAUGGAAUACAUAAAAAGGAUAAGACUUUGGAACCUCUGCCAAAUCUAGAAGGUCAGGCCGAUAGUUAUACAAAAGAG